GUGGCAUUAAAUGUCCUGUUUGCAGCUUUGUGUAUGGUACAAAAUGGGAGUUCAACAGACAUCUUAAAAACAAGCAUGGAAUGAAGCUAGUGGAACACGAUGGGGAGACCAAGUGGGAGGUAAGCCAAAUUUCUGAAGAAGCAUCCACUCAGUAUCUCCAUAUCACAGAGGCUGGAGAAGAUGUUCAAGGUACUCAAGCUGCAGUAGCUGCAUUACAGAACCUUAGGUAUACUUCUGAGAAUGGUGAAAGACUGGAUCCAACAGCUGUAAACAUCCUGCAGCAAAUCAUUGAGUUGGGUUCGGAAACCCAUGAUGCCACUGCAGUUGCUUCUGUAGUUACCAUGGCACCUGGCACUGUGACCGUGGUAAAGCAG